UGUUGAUGCAGAUUACUUGUAAAGAUGCCAGGAAUUCAAUUUGGGGGGCACACUUUGAAAUCCCAUGGAACAAAGGUUGCAAGAGUCCACUUGCAUGACUGGAUAAUUCUCCUGCUCUUGGUACUAAUAGAUGCUGGCUUAAAUCUUAUAGAACCAUUUCAUCGCUACGUUGGGCCUGAGAUGAUGACAGAUCUGAAAUACCCCUUGAAAAUUCCAGACACUAUACCAUUUUGGGCAGUUCCAAUUUUUGCAAUAAUUGUCCCCUGCACAAUAUUUCUCAUCUAUUAUCUCAUCAGAAGGGAUGUUUAUGAUUUGCAUCAUGCUACAUUAGGCAUUCUAUUUUCGAUACUCGUAACUGCAGUCAUCACGGAUUCCAUCAAAGAUGCCGUUGGUCGACCACGCCCUGACUUUUUCUGGAGGUGCUUCCCUGAUGGAGUGCCGGUGUUUAAGAAGGGAAAUGGGGAUGUGCUGUGCUCAGGAGACCAAAGUAUUAUCAAAGAAGGAUACAAAAGCUUUCCAAGCGGGCAUACUUCAUGGUCCUUUGCUGGCCUUGGUUUCUUGUCAUGGUACUUAUGCGGGAAAAUUAAAGCAUUUGAUCAGAGGGGGCAUGUGGCAAAACUCUGCCUUGUCAUUCUUCCUCUUCUUGUUGCUGCACUAAUUGGUAUUUCACGUGUGGAUGACUAUUGGCAUCACUGGACGGAUGUAUUUGCUGGAGCUUUAAUAGGAUCAGUAGUUUGCUCUUUGUGCUACCUGCAGUUCUUCCCCUUUCCACAUGGCAUAAAUGGGGGGGCUACUCAUACAUUUCUUCGACUGCUGGAGGAAAAUGGUUCAAAGAAUUCAACAAACAUAGAAAUGGAUCACAUGCGAAACCACGUAACAGCAACUCCUGAAUCCAGAAGCCAAGAUUUAGAUGCAAUGGAAAAUGGAAGGAGAUAUUGA